AUGGCCAAUCUCACCAUGGUGACAGAAUUUCUCCUCAUGGGCUUUUCCAAUAUUUGGGAGCUUCAGGUCUUACAUGCCAUGUUCUUCUUGCUAAUCUACCUAAUGGCUCUGAUGGGGAACCUGCUCAUCUUCACCCUCAUCUCUCUUGAUGAGCAUCUUCACUCCCCCAUGUACUUUUUCCUGAAGAACUUGUCCUUUUUAGAUUUUUGCCUAAUUUCUACCACAGUCCCUAAAUCCAUUGCAAAUUCCCUCAGCCACAGCCAUUACAUCUCUCUGUUGGAGUGUAUAUUACAGCUUUUUUUAGUUAUUUUCUUUGCAUCAUCAGAGCUUUUUCUCCUAACAGUGAUGUCCUAUGACCGUUACGCGGCCAUCUGCCAGCCCCUAAACUAUGAAGUCAUCAUGAACAAAGGGGCUUGUGUAAAGAUGGCAGCUGCUUCCUGGCUCACUGGAGGUUUGUUUGGGGUCCUAUACACAGUUAGUACAUUCAUUUUGCCUUUCUGUAGCUCUAAUGAGAUACAUCAGUUCUUCUGUGAUGUCCCAUCCUUACUCAGAAUCUCUUGCUCUGAUACACAUAUUGCACUUGAUGUCACUACAGCUAUUGGGUUCAGUUUAGGGAUUCUCUGCUGCAUUUCCAUUACUAUCUCUUAUGGUCCUAUUUUUUCAACUGUGCUGAAGAUUCCAACUGCAGAGGGUCGGUCAAAAGCCUUUUCCACUUGCCUACCCCACCUCUUUGUGCUCAUGCUGUUUAUUACAACUGCAGCCAUGUCUUAUCUAAGCCCACCUUUGGACUCUGACUCGGUUCUGGAUCUAUUGUUGUCUGUGUUCUAUAUAGUGGUGCCUCCAACCCUGAACCCUAUCAUCUAUUGCCUGAGGAACAAGGAUGUGAAGACUUCCCUAAAGAAGCUCGUAGCCUGA